AUGCAUCCACUCACACUGAAGACGGGCGGAUGUGUGGCAUUGAAGUUUCUCUGUGAAGUGGAAAUGUUCUCAGUCACCGUAAUCGAAUAUUGUCGAAGAACUUGCAACAAAUGCGAUGAGACCACUCCCAAGCCGGAGGAGCCAAAUUUGAGCGAUGAGAUCGACGACGACGAAGAAGACGAGAAGCCUUCUUCAAGCGGCGAUCAAAAACAAAACAACAAAAAUAACAAAGCUCCAACAUCCGGCGACAAAAACGGGCCUGGAGGCAACGCUGCAGGUCCUGGAAGCAAUGCUGGCAAUCCUCAAGGUGGUAAUGGGCCUCCUGGAAACGGCGGACAGCAGCCUAAUUCAGGCAACGGUCAAAACACAGGCAUCAACCAACCUUCCUCAAACAACUGCGUAGACCUAGUAAAUCCAACGACGGGGGUAUCAGAUUGCCCGUCACGUGCACACUUGUGCAAAAACCCACUUUACAAACAACUCAUGGAGAGCCAAUGUCCAAAAACCUGUGGAAAAUGUCCUCCUUCAGCACCUUCACUAGUAUGCCGGGAUAUGAUCAAUAAGGUCACUGGCGUUUCGGAUUGCCCCAACAGAGCUCAGCUGUGCAGAAACCCACUGUACUCAUCACUUAUGCGGCAGCAGUGUCCUUUUACAUGUGGUUAUUGUGUGUGA